AUGGCAAACAAUACAACAGCUACGUCAGUAACAGCCGCGUACUCUACACCUAAAUUGGCUAGAUUGCCAGAAACACAGCUCACGUCGAACACAGAACAGCCUCAUAUAGUCGUAGUACGUCGUGUCGCACACGCUGCACAUGGCCACAACGCAAUUUUUCCACCAAUAGGUAAGCUUCCAUGCUGGAAGAAAAGAAGGGAUUUCCAUCCUCAAGCAUGGAUGGAGCUUGGACUCGACGUUCGGAUUGUGAGUUUCUGCCCUACAUCAAGCGAAACGGAGGUCGAUGAGGAAGUUUACAAAGCCUACGCAUUCACUUAUGGACAAGCCCUGAAUGGUGCUUUCUGA